UAUGGACAUAAAAAAUUUAACUUGAAAUUCAGGCCUUAUUUGGGGCUGGAAGAACAAACAAACUAGGGAGCUAGCAGUUUAUAGGAAAUCAUAUAUCAAAGGAUAUGAUAUGAGUUGACUAGAUAUGUUCAUCAGUCUUAGAAUUAUUAAAUUAGUGACUGCAUCUCAAGUUUGUAAAAAUAAGUUUUAAGUUAUGUGGCAAAUCUUUUCAACAAUGUAUUCAUUGUACCUGAAAACUUACAUGCGCAUUUUGUAGUGUAUCAUCAGUCUUUAUUUUAUACAAACAUCAUUCCAAACUAUGGUAAUUGGAAGUACACGAGUUAUUAGUUCCAAUAUCCUUCAUAGUUUUUCUCUGCUUUCUUUCUCUCUCAGUGUAGCUAGUGAAGAGAGGAUUAAAAAAAAAAUAGUUUGAACCUGUGAAUAUUAUUUUUCAUCAAUAGAGAUAAGAGUUCUUUUUUCACUCUCAUGAGGCCCCUAUCUUCUUUCACCAUGAAUAAUGAAAAAUAUCUGUAGAGAUGGAAAUGUAAUAGAGUAACUCAGGCAGUAAUUUCUGUCUUUAAAAUAAUUUUGAUAAUUCCUAUAUGUACAGAAAGCAUUUCUUAUAUCAGCAGUAUUGUGAGUGUUAUAUUUCAAGAUUACCAUGAUUACCAUAAAAAUGAUUGCAGAUUUUGUAAUUCAGGAAAGGCAGAUCCUAGCUGAAUGCUGUGCUCUGUUGUAACAAGAUGCAGAUUUAUGGGGAUAUCAAGCCCCAUAAGGUGGAGACAAACUACAUUUUCAUAUGGCAUAACAGCAUCCUUUAGGACCUUCUCUUUUGUUUGUAGAAGAACAAACCAGAUAAGUCCUGGACUCCAGUCAAGAAGGGCAAUUCAGACAACAAGACCUCAGAAUGUCAAUCCUUUGCUCGUGGCUGUGCUUCGACCAGUUAGUAAGGUGGCAGCAGUACUGGUUGGCAGAGGUUUCAGAAAAUGGUGGCAGUCACUACCCAAGCAGAAAAGGGAACUGUUUAUACAGCAUUACACCGUAAUAUAAGGAUUUAUAUUUUUGGGUCCAUCCUAGUUGGUAGUUCAGGAUAUAACUACUAUGCAAACCACGUCACCACCACACCUUUCACAGGAAGAAAGAGGUUCAUGGUCUUCACUCCAAAUCAGCUGUUUACCAUCUCACAAGAAAUGUAUCAUGAGGAAAUGGCUCAGUUUGCAAACCAAAAGAUGCCAGCUGAUCAUCCAAUGGUCACACGAGUAAGCAGAGUGGGUAACCGGCUAUUGCAAGCCAACAACAAGAUUCCUCAGCUCUAUACUAAAGUGUGGACUGUUACAGUUAUUGAUGAUCCUACAGAGAAUUGUUUAGUUUUGCCUAGUGGUGACAUCAUUAUGUUCCGAGGAAUGAUGAACUUAUUUGAGAAUGAUGACCAAUUAGCUAUGAUUCUUGCACAUGAGAUGAGUCAUGCUAUACUUGAACAUGCUGCUGAACAGCUGAGUCAUGGAUAUCUUCUUGACACCCUCAUUCUGUUGCCUUUGGCAGUCAUUUGGGCUUUUUUACCAAGUGAUGGUAUUGCUGUUGUUACUCACUGGUUCCUUCUUAAAGUUGUUGAAGUGCUUCUGAAGUUGCCUUACUCAAGAAGUAUAGAAGAUGAAGCAGAUUCUGUUGGGUUGCAAUUAGCUGCAAAGGCUUGCUAUGAUGUUAGAGAAGCAAGUGCAUUUUGGGGUAAAUUGUGUUUACAAGAAGAAAUACGAAAGCAGGUAGGCAUGGAAACAGAUUCUGUCCCAGCAUUUUUGUCAACCCAUCCAUCAAACAGCAGUCGACAAGCGAGGAUAGAUGAGCAAAUGCCAGAUGCUCUAAAAUUGCGUGAAGUUUGUCAGUGCUCAAAGCUUACAGACAAGGAUCCAAGACUUGAGAUAAGAAAGUUACAGGAAUAUAUGAAGACAAACUCUCUUGUGACUGUCUCAUAAAAUUAAAGCUAGUAUUAUUCAUCAUGUGAUUGCACUCGGGAAUGGAAUCUAAUCCCAUAUUUGUUGAAAAUUUGACAAAUUUACAGAAUUUUAAAUGUAAAAUAUAGUUGAUUGAAAGUCUGUUUAUUACCCAAAUAAAGUGUUUAAUUAAU